GUUAGACUCAACUAUAUGUGGAAACAUUUAAACAUCAGAGACAAACAUAAAUAUUAUGAAACUGCAACUAAAGCUCGCACGAUGUACAAUCUACCAGAACUUCCAUGUCAUGCAGAAAAUGAUCAAGAAAAAUUAGGAAAUACAUUUACAAAUAGCACAGAACCUAAUACCUCCAGUGGUUCAAGAGUAGUCGGGAAACUAGUUAAAGUCAAGUUUUCAAAAUCAUGCGCCACACCAAUAAUAACGCCUCUGAAGUUACAAGACGUCGUCGUUGAUCAGUUAGAAGAAAAAUCGGUGCGCGGUCGGCGCCAAGACGAAGUUGACGGUUUCGGUAAAAGAAAGCUGCGACAAGAUUACGGUGAGAUAUCGGAACACCAAGAUCACAGUGCGGAACACGUGUUCACGCCGCCUCUUGGUCACCGUGACGGUCAAGCUGCAGGCAUCGACGAACCGCGGAGGCGGUUGAUCGUCGCCGGUCCGGCUCCCGUCUAUCCGGCGAUCCGCUUAUCGUCGAGUCGCACCACAUCCACCAUCACCACCAGUCGCCUGCAGCAGAGUCCUCAGCUGCACCAGCGCCCGAAGGUCGACGAGGCAUCGACGACGUCGUCUUCUGCCCGACCGGAGGAAGUCAUGUUGCAACAGUACCAGCAGCAACCCGACUACACGCCCUACGGCGGUAUCGGGUACGGCGCGCAGCCCAACGCCGGUUACUACAACUAUGCCGCCACCGAGUCCUCUUGGUACGGUUCGCCGUCGUCGGGGACCGCCGAUCAUGCGCAAAUGGUGAGUGGCGAUCAACAAUUCUUAAACCAUGCCGGUUUAUCACAUAACGCGUGCAACACACAUAUCGGCGACAGUACAGGAAACUUCCUGAACCACGGUUAUCAUCAGGCUACGUCGACAGGGGCGUCGACGUCUUCGGCGGAAUCGUUCGCCGCCAACAACCAUCCGGUGUCCCAGGCCGACAUGACAGACCCCAUGGCAGACUUCUUGGGCGGCCACCAAAACAUGACCGAAAACGACAAGAUCAUCAAGGAGGAGUCCAUUGACUGGCUCUCGACCAUCAUAAACGACGAAGUCGUCGACCACGGUAACCGGCCGGACGUUUGUGACGGGGGCGGUGGUGGUGGUGGUGUGGCGGGCGCAGGUGGCAACGGCGCGAAACUCGUCGGCGACUUGCCGUGCGAGAGCAGGGAAUCCAACGGCCGGUUACCGAACUUUCAUCAAGCUUUCGGGUCCACCGAGAUAGGCAGGUUCUCGCAGCACGAGUACUACGAACCGCCGAAAGACUCGAACAUCGGCGAAUGUCAGUCGGCCGGCCGGUCGGGCGCCGUGCAACAAACCGGCGCCGGGACGUCGCAGCGAUCUGACGAACAGCACGCGGUGGCGGCGGCGGUGGCGUCGUCGUCGUCGUCGGUGUCUUCGUCGUUCGAACCGCCGCGGCAACAGAACAGGCGUGGACGAGCGCAGCGCGGCGGCGGCCAAAACCGGCGCAACAGCAAACAGACCAGAACGGCGGCCGCCGCCGCUGCUGCGGCUGCUGCCGUGGCCGCCCAACAGUACGCGGGCUACGACGUGACCGGUGCCGCGGUGGGCAGGCACCAAGUACCUCCGUACCACCACCAAGAUCCGUACAACCGGAACCAUCAUCAUCACGCCCAACAGCAGCGGUACCACCAAGAGUACCAUCACCAAAACCAGCAGACGCCGUACCAGAACCACCAACAGGAGUAUUACAGGCCGUACGACCGGAUGCACUACCAGCAACAACAGCAGCCGCCGUUGCCACAGAACCAGUACUACAGCGGCAGUAACGGUAACAACAACGGUGGCGGAAGCAGUAGCAACAGCAACAGCAGCAACAACAACAACGGUAACCGGGAACAGUCGUACGCGGGCGGUUACAACAACCGGUUUCACUCGUGCUGUUCUACUGAGCACAUAGCCAGGCCCAGUCAUCACCAAAACUACGGCGGUUCCGGCCAGUAUUACGGUGAUUACAACACUUACAACCAAUGGUGAUGCGAUGAGUAGUAAGUGCUCGUCGUCCACACCGUUGCUGCCGCCGUGUCAUAAAAUAUCGUUUUUAACGUCGUUUUAAAAAAAAAAUAAAAAAUUAUUAUAGUUAUAAAAAAAAAAAGGUAUGUUCCGUUUGUGCGCACCACCAACAACGGCGGGUGUGCCUUUCAAACAGUCCCUCCUCCCCACACACCCUCCGACCACUUUCCCGACAGAUGCAAAAAAAAAUAAAAAAUAAUGUUUAUCAAAUUAAUAUUUUUAACUCACUAUAUAUCUGUGAUACGAUGACGAUGGUAAUACAUGGUAUAACGGUUAUUCGAUGUGUAUUAUUAUCAUCACUACGUUAUGUGCAACAACAAAAUUUGUGGCUUGAAAUGCGAGCGUAAAAUGCCGUUUUUUAUUUCUCGGACACGCAACGAGAGUCAAUUAUAAUAUAUAUAACGUCGAAAACGAAAUUCCCGAAUUGUACAUUAUUCGUCUUCUCGUGUCGCGUUUUACAACAACAACUACACCGGGCGUGUAAAAACGAUAACCGUUUAACUUUAUACAAAUAACUACUAUUUAAAACAAUUAUUGAUAUUACGUCGAACAAAAACCACCACCACUGCGCGCGACCGCGGUCGCCAUCACGUCUGUCACGCGCGACACCUGUGCUGCAGACUGCUGCGCCGCCGUAUGUUGUUGUGCGGUGCGCGGACACCGAAGAAUAAGUCAUCGGACUCGCCCGAGAUCUAUAUAAUAUUGUUAAUGCGAAAUAAUCACGACGUGGUGCCAGACAGGAGACUUUCCGUUUUUUUCGCGUCGGAAUUCGGCCGCGGAUCUCGAAUUCACCGGCGUGGUGUGUCGUCCGUGUACGUUAUAAUAUUAUAAUAUAUAGUGUUGUAACAGUAUACCUAAUAAUAUGGGCGGUCUUCUUCUAUAUCUUCUACAAACCGCGACGGCGGCGGACGUCUCGUCUCGUUUCGAUGUUUUAUAAUCGUAUAAUUUACAUUAUAUAGUGUUUAAGUCGUUGUGCCUUAUUAAUUAACGGUUAAUGUUGUAAAAUGCACCAUUAUAUUAUUAUUAUUAUUAUUAUGAAUAAAUUAUAUAUUACUGUAUAAAAUUAUAUCGAUAGCAUAUUUUUUUUUCAUACAUAUAUAUAUAUAUAUAUUAUAUUAUAUAAAACAUAAAUUGCGAGCUAAGCCGCGUUUAAAAAAGUCCGACGCCCGUAGUUUAAUUUACAUUUUGUUUUUAUUUAUAUCAUUUAUUAUUAUUAUUAUUAUUAUUAUAUUGUUUAGUUUUGUUUUUCGAUUCCGUUUGUAUAUUAUAAUAUAAUAAUAUAUCGUAUCUGUGUUGCUGGUAAGAGGGAGCAAUGAUACAAGUUUUUUAAGCUGUGCGCUAUAUUAUUUCGUUUUAGACGAUAAAGCAGAGCCUGCAGCAGUGUUUUAAUCCUACUAAUAUUAGUUGUCCGAUUUGUUUGUAUCAUUACUAUUAUUAUUAUUAUUAUUAUUAUUACUAUCGAUAUUAUUAUAUUUUGUACGUGCGUAGUCUUCCUGAAUACAUUAUAUAUUAUACAAAUAUUAUUAUUAGGUCUGGUCAUAUAAUAUAAUAUUAUUAUGUUGAUAGAUGAGAUAUAAUACUGUGCUAGAGCUUCCUCCGUUAACAACCUUAUCGCGACAAUAUCGCAUACGGGAUAUUGCGGGACCGCGAUAAGUUAUAUUAUUAUUUAUUAACUAUUAUUAUUAUUAUGUAUUUUUUUUUUUACGGCCAUAACUGUUUUUAUUUUAUUUUUUACUUUUGAAAACGGAUUUUGGCUCAACUGUGUACCAACCGGACCAAUAGUAUAAUUAAUUUAUAUACCUACUAUACCUAAUUAUAUAAUAUUCAAAAACUGAGUUUUCUGUCACUGUGAUCGAGUAAUAUAAUGUGUUACACAUUAAUAUCAUGUCAAACAAUGAUAUAUUAUUAUAAUAUCGUAUUGCGUGUUUGAUCUUUAAACGAAAAUAUUUUUAAAAAGUAACGAUAAAGCCAUUAUAUUCCUCUGUAUAGCUUCGUAAAACCGUGAGCAAAUAAAAUAAUAACUAAUCUACGGUGACUAAUAAUUAUCCAUUAUUUUAAAAGAAAUUAAGAAAAUACAAUUUUAUAUACAUACAGUAUAGAAACGUAAAUUUAAAGAAGUUAGAGUAGAGAACACUUCCCGCAAGGUACAUAUUAACAUUGCAGCGUUAUGCCAUCACGGUAUAAUAAUAAUAGGUAUAUAAUAUUAUGGGCAUACACACGUUUUGCGUAAUAAUACUAUAUAUGUAUUACAUUACGGGACAGCGGAGAUUUAAACGACAAAAAUCUGUGGAAAUUCGUUUUGUUUUCCGUUUCGUCUCCACCGACAGCGUUGUCAUCCACAUUCACGUAGAACGUAAAUUCGUAAUGUUUUUGUAUUAUUUCUAACACUCGUCACACAAAUACACACUCACACACACAUGACUUACCAUUAUGUUACAUAUAUCAUAUCAGAAAAUUCAAAAUGUGACCGUGCCAUAAUAUUAUAUCGAUGUUUGCCUUCAUUACGGUUUUAUCUUUUCGCGCGAUGUGAUGUUUUAAUUAUUACUUCACACCCCCAACGAUAUCUUUUCACGUCAUUCGACCACGAUAAUCACAUAAUAUUAUUAUUCAACCCUCGACACUUCGAGGUACAUUACGGUGUCGUAGUGUCCGACAAUGAUAGCACAGAUGAUCACCGUGCGUCGACGACUCGGGAGCGUGUAGUACAGGGUCACACGAACGUCCGAAGACGAUCAAUGUGUACACGAACUAUAUUAUAUUUAAUUGUUAUUAUAGUAAUAAUAUCAUGCCGUAUAUGUACUGUAACCGGAUGCCGAUAACUGGGUAAUCGCGGUCGCCCGAAAAACCAAUAAAAAUCAUAACUAUAUAUUAUAUUAUAAUAGUGACUAUUUUUUUUUUUAUUAUUGUUAUAAUUUUAUGCACACAUCGCUUGCGGUAUGGCCUUCCUCUUGUGGUGUUGUGCAUACAGUCCUCCUUUACAUUAUUAUUUUCUAUUAUUAAAAGUGUUGUUAACAUUACUAUUAUUAUUAUUAUUAUUAUUAUUAUUAUUAUUAUUAUUAUUAUUAUUAUUACGAUUAUGUUUUUUAUGUUAAUUGUAUCCCCCCUCCCCGCGAUAUAGGUACAUAUUAUUUUAUUAUUAUAUAAUUCGAUUUCGAAUAUUAUUAUUGUUUGUUAAAAUGACUCGUUUAUUUUUAUGUUAUUUCAGAAGACUCUACAAUAGUUAAGGAAAAAAAUUAAAGUUGUCUCUUAAAAGUACGUGGAAUUUAUGUAUCGGAACAAAAUAUCGAUUAUAUUAUUAUGUACCUUUGGUUAUUUUUUAUGGAAUUAAAAACACAACAAAUUUGGGAUGGUAUUUGCAUAAUGUUAAAUUAUAUGAUUUAGGCUGCAUAUUAUAUAGUUAUUGGAUUAAUUUAUUAUAACCCUUAUUAUAUUAUUGACUUUUGUAAAAGACAAAUGAAAUAAACAUAUUAUGUUACUGUAAA